UGUUUUGGAUGGAUGUAACAACGUUAGUUUACACAAUUAUUCAACCUUUCGGAUACCUCUGCAGCAGAUAGCGUUUUCUACAGUAUCAGCCAUGCUGCAGUUCAUCGAUCCAGAAAGUGAUGUGCGAUCAGUAGAAUUAGGUGUGGGGACAACUAUACACGGAUACCAGGUCCGUGCACUUGAGCCAGUGUUUACGGGAGGCUAUCACGCGUUUCCGGUUAAUCUACCUCAUGGAACCCCUAUAUAUGCUACUGCAGUAGUGGAAAACAACGUCGGUCUGCGAUCCUACUUCCGGUCAUCGCCUCUUAUCAUUGAUCAUACUCCACCAACAAUAUCGGACGUACUUCUUCAGUACAGUGAUGGAACAGAAGGUCACGUGGUCAUCCAUAUCACGUGGAAGGUAGUGGACGAAGAGAGUCAGCACGUGAACUGUAUUGUAGCAUGUGGGUCGAUAUGGAGAACCGAAGGAAUGCAGACCGAUAAUAAAUCAAAGAUAAGUGUGGAUUCAGAACCCCUCAGAAUCCCACAUGGCACCAUAAUUACUGGUACAAUCACGUGUGAAAACAAUGCCGGGAUGAUAAAACAGACCCGUACAAAUGACGUCACCAUCCUUCUGGAUACCCCCGGACAUACCGACAGCCGAAUAACAUUCCUAAAUGUCCACGGUACCACGGUCACUGGACAGGUCGUGACGAGGUUCGGGGAGAAUCUUCAGUUCCAUUGGGACGAGUUUGAUUACCCCGCGGGUGACGUCACGUACCAGUAUCGUAUAGAUUACAUGAACGGUUCCAAGACAUCGUGGGUAGACGUGGGUUUCCAUAACUAUGUUACAACUUACACGUUAAACAUCGUGGAGGGCUCGGAAUGUGGCUUGGAAGUAAGAGGCUCUAACGAGAGAGGCGUUUUCAGUGAGAUCAUCAACUCAACCAUAUAUGUACUCCGACAGUCACCGUUAUUGACAGGAACGCCAUGUGGAUUCCCGGAAGUUGAGGGAGGAAAUGUCACCCUUAAUUGUUCCCAGGUUUUUGAAGUGACUGACAGGCUGAAGACGUCCUACAUACUGACAGUUGGCACCGAACUCGGAUUCUCUGAUGUCGUGUGGUAUCACGUGUUUGACAGUAACGUCUUCACGUUCGAGUUGGAUGACAAUAUAGCGGAACUUUUUGUGAUGGUAACAGCUGUGUAUGACACCGGUCCAGAAACCACAUACAGAGACAGCUUUCCUGUAGUGUAGUAACUAAACAAUUCAUGAAUAUCUAUUAGUAGUAUUUCGUAAUCCAAAACUUAAUAGUUAAAACAUAGUAUGACUAAUGUCAUUCGACACGUGUUAGGAGUUUUAUAAUAUAACCUGAUAUUCGUAUUACCAUUUACUUUACUUUAAACAUAUUUUAUUUAUACAUAUU